AUGGCCACCAAUUUCGACUUUGGCCUCGACGGUGAUGCAAUGUCACAAGAAUUCUCAGGGAUUUUUUUAGAGAACUUCAAUGCAUCGGAAAUUUUCGAUUACGGUACUGGACAAAUGGAAUUGGAACAUGGCACCCUCGAUCAAUCAGCAUCGUCUAUACCUUCAUGGCCCUUACCCUCCACCAGUUCCUAUUCGUACACCCAGCAUUCAUUGUCUUACAAUGAUACACGCACCGCGUCUUCAAUUACCACAGCUCAUGCGAAUCCAUCUAUGGUUAAGCCUAUGUUAUCUCCAUCGAAUGUCACUGCUAGACCUGCUCCCAAGGAACACUCUGCAGAUGAGUGGGAGCGCCAUAGAUUGACUUUCACUCAACUCUACAUGACUGAAGGCAGGCCUCUCAAGGAGGUGAUGCAAAUUAUGGAGAAUGAACAUGAAUUCCGUGCAACGUCACGACAAUACAAGCGACGAAUUGAACAGUGGAAGCUGGACAAGAAUAUUAAGGAAAAUGAUAUGAGAGUUAUUUUACGAAAGGACUUGAAGAGAAAACGCGAAGGAAAGAACAGCGAGUUCCGCAUAAGUGGCCGGGAAGUUGAACCAAAUAAGAUUCAACGCUUCGCGCAGAGAUAUAAAGUGACCGAGGAGUCAAUCCUUGAGUUUGAUGCUGAAACCCCUUGUUAUAUUGCUUGCGAUACCCCGGCACCGAUAAUUUUGGACGAAGACAUACGGCAUCAUAUAGUAGAAGAAGUCAAAAUAUCAGACUCAACAAUACUUUUUUCACCAGCGGUUGAGUCGGACCAGAACCGAGAGACUCUGACACUCAAUACUAGGAAAACAUUUCUGAAUCAGUUCGUCCGGAAACUUGGUGUCGCUAUUCCCAUUGAUUCUAUGUUCGAUCUUUCUGUCUUCAAGUAUCCUCCCAAAUUGGAUAAUUUAUCGGACAGAAGGUUUAGGCAGCUGAUCAACUUGGUAAAAUCCACCUCAGAAAUUUAA